CGUCCGCCAGCCGAGCCGGACGUGACGUCGUGCGCACUUCCGCCGCCGUGGGGGCUGCGCGGGGGCUGUGGCUCCGGUACUGCGCUCGUGCCCUCGGUCUCUUGCCUUGGUACCUGGAUGGCUUGCUGCCCUCACAUCCCUGCGUAGCUCACAGCCUCUGUGAAAAGGACUUCAGUCCCGCCCAGUCACAGACGCUAGGCCUGCCCGUUUGUGUGAUUAAUAGUAAGAAUUCAGGAGCAUCAAGAAGACCAAGUAAGCGGCCGAAGCUAAACAGUUCCUCAGAGCUCGAGAGGGACACGUUCUGGUGGGACAACUGUCUGGAUGAUUAACGUCCCUGGCCCUGGCCCUCUAAGUACCGAGAGCAACCUCCGUGACCGUGACACCCCAGAGUUGCCCCAGGACUUUUCCAGAGGUCUCCUGAAGGGGGGGAACUCUGUGCGGGCGCAGGCUGCCCUUUUGGAGGACGGGUCCGCACAUUCAGGGAGAGCAGCAGGCUCCUCACAGGGUGAACACUCAUGACGUGCGGGCAUCUGUGCUUCUACUUCUAGAAGAGAUGGGAAGUUUCCUGAAGUUUAAAUUUUAUGAAUAGCUGCCCUCUUACCUUUAGAACAUAUUGUGAUGUUGGUGCCUCAGAGCUAAAACCAUGAGUGAAUUUCGGAUUCACCAUGACGUCAAUGAACUGCUUAGCCUGCUGCGUGUCCACGGAGGAGACGGGGCUGAGGUCUACAUUGACCUGCUUCAAAAGAACAGGACCCCGUACGUCACUACCACUGUCUCUGCUCACAGUGCCAAGGUUAAAAUUGCAGAGUUUUCUCGUACUCCAGAAGACUUUCUAAAGAAAUAUGAUGAACUGAAAUCUAAAAAUACGAGGAACCUUGACCCGCUGGUGUACCUGUUGUCAAAGCUCACGGAAGACAAAGAGACUCUGCUGUACUUACAACAGAAUGCAAAAGAAAGAGCUGAGCUUGCAGCCGCUGCUGCAGGCAGCAGUACCACCAGUGUCAACGUCCCUGCUGCAGCCUCCAAGAUCUCCAUGCAGGAGCUUGAGGAGCUGAGGAAGCAGCUUGGCAGUGUGGCCACAGGCUCCACGCUACAGCAGGUACUAUGUGCAUGGCUGUCCACAGGCUCCACGCUACAGCAGUCUCUGGAACUUAAAAGAAAGAUGCUUCGAGACAAGCAGAACAAAAAAAAUUCGGGCCAGCACCUCCCUGUCUUCCCAGCGUGGGUGUAUGAGAGACCUGCCCUGAUCGGGGAUUUCCUGAUUGGUGCUGGCAUCAGCACAGACACCGCUUUGCCGAUAGGCACGCUGCCCCUGGCCUCGCAGGAGUCGGCCGUGGUGGAGGACCUGCUGUACGUGCUGGUGGGCGUGGACGGGAGGUACGUCACUGCUCAGCCCCUGGCUGGGAGGCAGAGCCGGACCUUCCUUGUGGACCCCAACCUGGACCUGUCCAUCAGGGAGCUGGUGAACAGAAUCCUCCCGGUGGCUGCCAGCUACUCCACCGUGACCAGGUUCAUUGAAGAAAAGUCUUCCUUCGAGUACGGGCAGGUGAACCACGCCCUGGCGGCCGCGAUGCGCACUCUGGUGAAGGAGCACCUGAUCCUGGUGUCACAGCUGGAGCAGCUGCACAGGCAGGGCCUCCUUUCGUUGCAGAAGCUCUGGUUCUACAUCCAGCCGGCCAUGCGCACCAUGGACAUCCUGGCCUCCCUCGCCACCUCGGUGGACAAAGGCGAGUGUCUUGGGGGGUCCACACUGAGCCUGCUCCAUGACAGGAGCUUCAGCUACACAGGGGACAGCCAGGCGCAGGAACUCUGCCUGUACCUGACCAAGGCGGCCAGCGCUCCCUACUUUGAGGUUCUGGAGAAGUGGAUCUACAGGGGCAUCAUCCACGACCCAUACAGUGAGUUUAUGGUCGAGGAGCACGAGCUUCGGAAGGAGAGGAUCCAGGAGGAUUACAAUGACAAGUACUGGGACCAGCGGUACACCAUCGUCCAGCAGCAGAUCCCUUCCUUCCUGCAGAAGGUGGCGGACAAGAUCCUCAGCACAGGAAAAUAUCUAAAUGUGGUCAGAGAGUGUGGCCAUGACGUCACCUGCCCGGUGGCUAAAGAGAUCAUCUACACGUUAAAAGAGCGGGCAUACGUGGAGCAGAUCGAGAAGGCAUUUAACUAUGCCAGCAAGGUGCUGCUGGACUUCCUGAUGGAGGAGAAGGAACUGGUGGCACACCUCAGGUCCAUCAAGCGCUACUUCCUCAUGGACCAGGGCGACUUCUUCGUGCACUUCAUGGACCUGGCGGAGGAGGAGCUCCGGAAGCCGGUGGAGGACAUCACGCCCCCCCGCCUGGAGGCGCUGCUGGAGCUGGCCCUGCGCAUGAGCACGGCCAACACUGACCCCUACAAGGACGACCUCAAGAUCGACCUGAUGCCUCAUGACCUCAUCACUCAGCUCUUGCGUGUUCUGGCGAUCGAGACCAAGCAGGAGAAGGCGAUGGCCCACGCCGACCCCACAGAGCUGACGCUGAGCGGCCUGGAGGCCUUCUCUUUCGACUACAUCGUCAAGUGGCCCCUUUCACUCAUCAUCAACAGGAAGGCCCUCACUCGCUACCAGAUGCUCUUCAGGCACAUGUUCUACUGCAAGCACGUGGAGCGGCAGCUCUGCAGCGUCUGGAUCAGCAACAAAACCGCCAAGCAGCACUCGCUGCACUCCGCCCAGUGGUUUGCCGGGGCUUUCACUUUGCGGCAGCGAAUGCUCAACUUCGUCCAGAAUAUUCAGUACUACAUGAUGUUCGAAGUGAUGGAACCGACCUGGCAUAUCCUGGAGAAAAACCUGAAAUCUGCCUCCAACAUCGAUGACGUCCUUGGCCACCACACGGGCUUCCUGGACACCUGCCUGAAGGACUGCAUGCUCACCAACCCCGAGCUGCUGAAGGUCUUUUCCAAGCUCAUGUCUGUGUGCGUCAUGUUCACCAACUGCAUGCAGAAAUUUACACAGAGCAUGAAAUUGGACAGCGAGCUGGGCGGGCAGAUGCUGGAGCAAGGCACCGUCCCGGAGCUGCCCACAGGGGCCGAGGAGCGGGCCCGGAAGGAGCUCACCAGGAAGCACCUGGCCGAGCACGCGGACGCUGCGCAGCUGGUGUCUGGCUUCGAGGCCACCAUCAACAAGUUUGACAAGAACUUCUCAGCCCACCUGCUGGACCUCCUGGCUCGGCUAAGCAUCUACAGCACCAGUGACUGUGAGCACGGCAUGGCCAGCGUCAUCUCCAGGGGUUUCUGAGGCCACCCUGCAUUGAGAACUACUGCUUGAUUCUCCAAGCCCCUGACACCUCAGGCCCCAUUGCCAGGCCCUGCUGAGGUGACGGGAGCCCCAACUUUCUGGGGCCAGGAGAGAAGAAACCUGUGUUUGUGCCUUUGACCAGGACUGCACAGGACUGAAGACCCUUCUGUGGAAACAUUAGUUAGGUGUCUCACCCUCACCCCUGCAGGGCCUCCUGUGGUCUCUGUAGCUGAGCACUUCCCCAUGGUAGGAGCAGGGCUGCCCAGCAUGCACCCACAGAAGGGGUGCGUGCCCCAGCUCCACCGUCCUCCC